AUGCCUGAUAGCUGUUGUCUCAGAUCCUGCCAGGCCAUUCCAUCUGCACCUACCAUGCCUCUCUAUUCCAGUGGUGGGACCUGUGGAAAUGCUAUCUGUUUGCCUAGUUCCUGCCAAGGCAAAACAUGGCAACUGGUCACCUGCCAAGAAAACUGCCAGUCAUCUAGCUGUAAUUUGACUUAUCCUGAACCUACAUGUUGUGAGCCUAGUUCCUGCCAACUAACUUGCCUUCCAUCAACAUCUCGUGUGGGUUUUGUCUGUCGACCUAUUUGCAAUAGUACUAUGUGUGGCCCAUCAGCUUGCAUUGUCAACAGUUGUCCACCGCCUUGCUCUGAAUCUCGUUCCUGCCAAUCAAAUUGUGAUACCACUCCUUGUCAACCAGCUUCUUCUCAGGAAGCAGUGUGUGUGACUGGGUCAUGCCAACCAACAGGUUGCGACUCCAAUUCCUGCCAGCCAGUCUGCUCCGAAUCCAGUUCUUGUCUUCGGAUGUGCUGUCAGCCAACUGUCUGCAUGCCCAGUUCAUGCCAACCAACUUCUUGUCAGAUAAGUUCAUGCCCAGCAACUAGCUGUGAAGGCCAGUCCUGUGGAGCAACUUGCUAUCAACCUGUCUGCUUUCUCAGCUCUUGCCAGCCCUUUCCUUGUAUGCCCGUUUCCUGUCAGCCAUCUUUCUGUAUGCCUACUCCUUACAAACCUACUUUCUAUGUACCGAUGUCCUUCCAGUCCUUUUAUUGCCAGCCACCUUCUUACAUGUCUUAUGUCUACCAACCUGCCAGCUGCCAACCCAAAUGCUCUGUGCAGAAUUCCUGCAAAGCAACCUGUGGAAACCCUGUCUUCUGCCAGCCAACUCGCUGUGUGCCCUCUUCCUACAAAGAGGAUGGAUGCAAGUCUACUUCUUUCCAGCCAGCUUGCUGUGUGACUGGUUCUGAAAAACUGUCUGGCUGUGGUACUAGUUACUAUCAACCCACUUGCCCAAGUUCCUGCAAGACGAGUAGCUGCCGGCUCAGGACCUGCCAACCCAAAAGCUACAUAUCCAACACCCGUAAGGGGACCUAUUGCUAA